AGCCAAGCAGCAUCUCGUUCCAUUUUGCUUCUUUAUUUCUCACAAUUUCACCAUGAUUUCGAAGGAAUUAAAGGCUAAGGCAGCCAAUUUCCUGCAAAAUAUCACGCAGCACGAUGAAUUGGCCGAAAUUGUGGAUGUUUUGAAGGAAUGCACAAGCACGAAUGAUGCUCUAACGCCCUGUUUACUCGUCUUGGAACAUGUCUUCACGGAGCUCCUGAAGCAAAAUGCCUUCCCCUUGCUGGCAGACGUUUCGGAUGAUAAAAGUGUUCCGUGGCUGACGGCAAAGUACGAAGAAACGUUCCGCGUGAUCAUUUCGGGGAUUUGUCAUGAGAAACAAUCGGAGGGAGUGCAAGCGAUGGUUACCGCGAUGCGAUUAAUUUCGGCAGAAACACGUUUCGGAACGCCUGACGUGAAAAUAUUUCCGAUGGAGAAGCUGAAACAAAUUUUGGAGCAACUUUUGUCGCCGAAACGUCAAACGAAUUAUUUAAUUAAUCGCUUUUCCGAGUACAGCAGUUACCCGGAUGUGCUGCACUUUACGUGGAAACUCAUUCCGACGUUAGCUCCCAAAGGCAAGAGUCCCAGUGAUAUGUUUACGCAGAAUUUUUUGGCCCUUUUGGGAGUUUUGGCAAUCACGAAGGAGAUUACGAGCAAGGAAAAUUUGUGUGUUCAACCGCCGGCGCACGAAAAAGUCUUUGAUUACCAAACGGCACGCAAAUGUCUCAAUCGAACGUGGUCCUGCAUCUCCCUGUGGAAGCACACGGAGGAGAAUCACAAACAGCUGUUGAUCGUUUUGCUGGAAAAGAUGUUGGUUCACUUGGAUAAACCGAUUUUGCUGACGGAUUUUCUCAUGGAAUCGCUCGAUAUGGGCGGCGCCAUCGGACUUUUGGCUCUGCAAGGCAUCUUCAUCCUCAUACAGCAACACAACUUGACAUAUCCCAAUAUCUAUGAGAAACUGUACUCCAUGUUCGAGCCCGAAAUCUUCCAUACAAAGUUCAAAGCGCGUCUUUUCUACUUGGCAGACAUCUUUUUGUCAUCCACACAUUUGCCCGAAUCGUUGGUAGCGGCAUUUGCGAAGCGUCUUGCACGUUUGGCACUCGUGGCGCCGCCCCAAGACAUCAGCAUCAUUCUCUAUUUCAUCGGAAACCUCAUAAUUCGUCAUCCCGGCUUGAAGAGACUCUUGUACCAUCAUACGGGAGGACAAGUGCCACAAGAUCCCUUCAUCAUGGAUGAACGUGAUCCCGUUAAAUCGAGCGCGCUUGACAGUCAAUUGUGGGAAGUUGCCGCCUUGCAACAACAUACCAUUCCAACGAUUGCGACAGCGGCGAAAUUCAUCUCUAAUCCACUGCCAAACACGGAAUGGGAUCUCUCGAGUGUGUUGGAGAUCAACGAAAAUGAUAUAUUCGACCAAGAAAUAAAGAAAAAGGCACGCGAAUAUGCCCUGUCGUUCGAGAAGCCAAUGUCAAUGUACAAACCAAAAAGUGAUCGGACACUUCAAUUCUGGAAUCUGUUCUAAAAGGAUUUUUGUGAUAAGAGCCCGCAGACAUAAUAUUACUUUUACCCCGCAUCAGAAUUUUACCAUAAAAUAAUGAAAUACGAGACAUUUUCGUAUCUAGACAUAUAAAUAUAUUUUUUGAAUUCAGGACAAAAAAAAACAAACGGAGAAAUUUAUAACAUUAAAUUUAAUUGUAAUGAUAAUAAAAAUAGAUUUUGAGAACAAUG